AUGAUUCUACAGUUUAUUAUCACCCUUUCCGUACUUAAUCAUGCCGUGAACAGUUUACAAGCUGAGGAUUUUUACGUUCACGACUUACCUCUUUUACCUAAAGAGACUUAUUCCAUUCGUAUGCAUGCUGGACAACUAUCUCUUGAUCCAAAACAUAAUGAAACCUUAUUUUUCUGGCAUUUUGCAAGCAAAUAUAUUGCUGACCAGUCAAGAACAGUGAUUUGGCUUAAUGGAGGUCCUGGCUGUAGUAGUCUUAUUGGAGCUUGGACAGAAAUUGGUCCUUUCCGCUUUCAAGAUGAAAAUACAAUAAUUGAAAAUAAUGGAUCUUGGCAUAUGUUUGCCAAUCUAUUGUUUGUUGAUCAGCCUGCUGGUACUGGUUUUUCCUAUAUUGAUACGGACUCGCGUAUUCAUGAACUCGAUGAAAUGGCAAAUCAUUUUCUAAGUUUUCUCGAUCGAUACAUUGAAGUUUUCCCAGAACUACUUCAAAACGAUAUCUAUUUGGCUGGUGAAUCCUUUGCUGGUCAGUAUAUUCCAUAUAUCGCAAAAGAGAUUCUUACAAAACGAUUGAACUUAAAAUUACGCGGUCUUCUAAUGGGAAAUGCUUAUAUCGAUCCUGUAAGUAUUUAUGAAUCAUAUUUGCCUUUUGCACUUGCAAAUAAUUUAGUGAAAAAUAAUUCUGCACUCUAUAAUGAUAUUACCAAUCAACUCAGAAUAUGCCAGCGUGCACUUUCCAAAGAAGCGCAUGUUUUCGAGGAAGAGUGUGAGUAUAUCCUGCGUCAAAUACAGGAGAACGGUGAAAUGAAUAAUCAGUAUAUGACAAAAGAAAAAGGUAGAUGCGUCAAUGUUUACGACGUGCGAUUAGACGAUACAUGGCCUCAUUGUGGUAUAAAUUGGCCACCAGAAAUGAAAUAUCUCACGCUUUAUUUACGUCGACAAGACGUUAUGCUGCAUAUUCAUGUUGACAGUAAAAAAUCAGAAUGGAUAGAAUGUGCAAACUCUGUUUUCAAAACAUUUCAAGCAUAUCAUUCGGAACCAUCGAUCAAACUGUUGCCUGAUUUACUUCAAAAAAUCCCAAUUGUGCUUUACAGUGGUGAAUACGACUUGACUUGUAAUCAUUUUGCGACCGAAAAAAUGAUAGAUACUAUGACUUGGAACAAUCAAACUGGAUUUGAUCUGAGGGACGGGACGUCAGCACCAUUGGUGCCGUGGAUUGUGGAUGAUGAACCUGUUGGUCUUAGUCGAACUGCACGUAAUUUAACUUAUAUUUUCUUCUACAACGCUAGUCACAUGGUACCUUACAACUAUGCAUAUCGAUCACGCACUAUGCUACACGAAUUUAUGCAAUUGAAUUCAUCUUUUAAUGCUGAUCAAACAGCGGAAUAUGGCACAGUUGUAAAUAUGAAUCAGCCAAAACCUCGUAUUGGCAAACGCAUCAUUUUAAUCGUACUGGCUUCAAUUAUUAUCAUUAUAGCUCUUGGUAGCCUCGCUUGACUGCGUUUUAUUCUUAUUGUAACAACCAGUAUAUGA